AUGUCUUUGUCUCCAGAUGAGACUAGAGCUACCAAGUCAGAAGAAGCUGGCGGUACUGCCCAACCCCAACAUGAGAACAGUACUGAGGAACCAGAGGGAAACCCAACGGCGAUGCACGGCUUCAAGCUCUGGGCCAUUUUCAUCGGUAUAUGUUUCGGUGCUUUCCUGAUGUCCUUGGAUAUCUUCGUUAUCGCAACAGCCAUUCCAUCCAUCACGUCCGACUUCAAGGAUACGUCGCAGCUGGCCUGGUAUCCGGCUGCCUACUCACUCACGACGUGCGCAUUGACUCCGCUGGCAGGAAAGCUGAGCGCAACCUUUCCCCUGCGCUGGAUCUACAUCACAUUCUUUUCCAUCUUCAUGGUCGGAAGCCUCAUCUGUGGCUUUGCUCCGAAUAGCAACAGCUUCAUUGUGGGCCGUGCAGUCGCAGGCAUCGGGGCGUCCGGUGUCGCGAGUGGUGGGUUUGUUAUUGUUCUCACCGUUGCUUCGGACAAAGCGAAACCGCUCCUUAUGGGCAUCUGCAGCAGUUGCUUUGCUAUGGGUCUAAUCCUUGCACCCGUCAUAGGUGGUGCUUUCACGCAAAAGGCAACAUGGCGGUGGUGCUUCUGGGUCAACCUUCCUCCGGGUGCUGUGACAUUGGUCGCUAUGCUCUUGUUCUUCAAACCCCCAUCUAUUCAGCGCGAUCGGACACCUCUCCAGCGGAUCAAGAAUCUGGAUCUCGUUGGAUGUGCAAUCUUCAUUCCCGCUAUUUUCAUGCUGCUUCUCGCUAUGAUGUGGGGCGGCACGGAAAAGCCUUGGGGCUCAGCAACUAUCAUCGGUCUCUUUGUGGGGUCAGGUGUGACGCUCAUGCUGUUUGUUGGCUGGGAGCACUAUAAGGGCGAUGGCGCUAUGAUACCGGGGAAUCUAAUUGUCAGACGAACCAUCACCUUCAGCGUCUUGUUUUCCUUCUGCCAUUUCGGGUCUCUUGGCAUCCUAAACUACUAUCUUCCAGAGUGGUUCCAAGCCGUGGAAGGCGCAAGUCCGCUGGAAAGUGGUACGCGGGUUUUGGCUUCGGUUCUCGCUCAGAUCGUGGGAACACUGUCUUCUGGUAUUCUGGCGCGGAAAGUCAAUUUCUACAACCCUUGGCUCUUCAUUGGACCUCUCUUCAUGUGCACCGCCGCAGCGUUAUACACCCAGUUCACGGCUUUCAAUACACCAUCCAGCCAUUGGAUCGGGUUCCAAGUCAUCCAGGGUCUCGGGGUCGGCAUGGCCCAGCAAAUGCCCUCUCUCAUAGUCCAACUAGCAGUCCAUGAUAAACCGGAGCUCAUGCCCGCUGCUAUCUCUCUGAACUUAUUCUUCCAGUAUCUGGGUGCCACAGUCACACAGGUUAUCGGAGGCAUCGUGUUCCGUUCAAUUCUGGGCAAAUCCCUGCACGACCAUGGUGUGAAUGCCACACAGAUAGCGUUGUUAUCUGCCGCUGGAACUGCCGAUAUCCGUGAAAUCACCAAUGCGAACUUCCCCAAACUGUUGCGUCCGGUUUUGGAAUCUUACAACAAAGCUAUUACUUCCGCAUUUUUUGUUGCAGUUGGUACGACGGCCGCGGCAUUCUGUUUUGCUUUCGGGGUUAAGUGGACGAGAAUCCAUGCAGUAAAGAGUACUGAUUCGGAGGCGGAUGAGGUUGAACAGAAGUAG